AUGACCUCAGGUCAUCGGCGGGUCCACAGCCUGAGCUCCAUGCCUCUGCCUCUCCUUCCUCAGCUGCAGUCUGGCUCCAGCACGCUGCAAGACUCUUCUGUCAGUGACAUGAACAGAUGGCUUCUAAAAACAGAAAUGGGCUCGUUCAUCAAGGAGUAUUUCCAGAAUCAGCUUCUGAAUAAAGGUCUUAGAUUUAUUUUGGAGGAGGUGCUGCUGUAUGAAGGGGAGAGUCAACUCUUUUUCUUGGCUGAUGUAUGGCUGCGAUUUUUCUCUGAGAUUUUGCCCACACUGCAGGCUAUUUUUUAUCCACUGCAGGGUCAGGAGCUGACAGUGAGGCAGAUGUCCCUGCUGGCCUUCAGAGAUUUGGUCCUGAUGAGGGUUCCUCUGGAGGAUUUGCUGCCCACCAACUUAUCUCUACUUCCCACGUCUAUCAGGCAGAUGUUGCUUGUCCUGCAGGGAGUCCAUGAACCAAGGGGCCCCUCAGUGGAAUACUAUCGACUUGAGAAGAUGCUGGAAAUGGUGGUUUCUCCCUAUCUGUGGAACAGCAACGCAGAACAAACCAAAGAAACCAGACACUUCAUCCAACCAGAGAUAAAGAUUACACAGCACAUUUCAGAGAGCUCUCUUCUGUCACCUUUAAUGGAGCAGGACGGAGAGAUGUAUCCGGAUAGAGGGGCCAGCCUACGGCGCCACACUGUGGCUAAUAGCCUAUCUGCAAUGUCCAACAUGCAGCUCUCCGUUACUGAUAGGAGGCAUUGUGGGUUAGUAGAAAGCUAUGAGACCAUUGAUGAAAUAAGAGAAGAACACAACAGGGAUAUCUCUCUCAAGGCAGUCACACAUUUUGAGAGCCAAAGCUGUUGA